UAUGUCAAAUCCGUCCUGUCAUCAUUUUGCUUCCGAUGUUUUUUGUUUAUCAUUGAUCUUUUCCAUUUAUUUUUUUAUUUACUUUAUCAAUUAUAACAUAAAAGUGCCUUACAGCCAAUGUUCGACACGUCUAAGAAUAUGUUCUUCAUUUGCUGACCAAUAUUUAUUGCGUGAAUUGGACUCUCAUAUGGCAGGAACAGUUUGUAGAGCAGUAGCUUGAUAAAGAAAAGAAGAAAAAAAUCACUGUGAGAGGUUUUUGACAAAGCUGGUUUUAGAAUAUGGCUACGACCGGUGAUAUUUGGGUUCAAUGGUUUUCCUGUUGCUUCCACCAGCCGCAAAGUCCGACCCGACGACGACAUCGCCACAAUAUCCCAAUCGAUCGAUCGAUGAUCGGUAAUCCCACAAAUUUCGUUCACACAGGCCAUAUCGGAUCGGCAGACGUUGAAUUGUCAACGAACCACUUAACAGAGAUUCAAAAUCAGAUGCAAAGUAAAGGUGGUUACGAGAUGAAUUCGCUACGAAUGCAGGCGUGCUAGUACGAGGAGAGAGCUUCCACUAAUCAAUUAAUUUAUUUAUUAGUUUAACCUCUCACAAUUCAAUUUUUUUUUCUUUUUGUUUAUGUUUUGUUUUGUGUUUUAUCUGAAGUGCAACUAAAUUUUGUUUACUAUUAGCCCAUAGGAUAUGUAGGACUUAAGUGAUUGUAUUCAGCCAAUACUCGAAAGUUUUUUAUUUUUUAUUUUAUUUGAUAUAAAACUGCAAUUUAUUUGGUAAUCUCAAAGGCCUUAAACUUUAAAAGAAAUAAUCUCGAGAAAUAAAAAGUUUAUUUGACGUGAACUCAGUUGUUAUUCAUU